GUGUUCGAGCACGCGUACUCCGCAGGUCUCAGCCCGGACGACAUCCUUUCGGCUAUAGCAUCCAUGCGACCGACUCCAGGUGUAGAGCAGCUCAUCGCAGGUCUUGCAGCUGAAGGAUGGGAUGUCCUGCUGUUAACUGACGCGAAUUCCAUUUUCGUUAACCAUUGGCUGAAGACUCAUAAUUUAUUGGAAGCAGUAACCCAAGUUGUGACAAACCGCGCGUUCUUCGAGCGCGGGCGCCUCUUCAUCGAACCAUGCAUGCGCCAGACGGCCUGUUCGCGGUGCCCGAGCAACCUCUGCAAGAGCAUUGCGCUGGCGCAGUUCUGCUCGCAACGACCGCCGUACGCGCGUGUUGUCUACGCGGGUGACGGCCGAAAUGAUUAUUGUCCAGCGACUAACUUGCCACAACAUGGUACCGUGUUCCCGCGCCGCGGCUUUCCCCUGGACAAUCUGAUCAAGAAGACCCAGUCAUCCUCAACUCCUCAAGUGAACGCCAAAGUCGUGCCCUGGGACGACUGUUUUACAAUAAUCAAAGAAUUGCUACCCGGAAAAACUAAAAUAGAAUGUUAGUUGUUAUAAAAUUAUACUUCUUUAUUUGAAAGGUAUCUACGGUUUAAGGCUUCUUCAAUGCUUUUCUGUAUCCACAGUCUCCAGUUCACUCUUAGUGCAACAGAACCCCAAUUCUGAUUUUUCUUGAAACCUCUGUCAUCCUUUGAGACUCCACUAAGAUGAUAUUGCAAUUAUGAUAAUAUUUAUUAUUCUGCUAAAGUCUAGUUGCAAUUACAUUUGAAUAUUAAUAGAGUGUCAGUGGAAUGACAGAGAUGGCAUUAAUUCAUUCACUAACGGUCGAUGUGGCCUUAGUAAAACCACCAUUGGUAAUUUUAAUGUUAGUAUUCUGAAACUAAUUUUGGUGGCAAUUUUUAUUAUUUAAAUAUUCUAAAAUAUCAUCAUGAAGCAUUAUUUAAUAUUCGAGUGUAGUAACUUGAAAUCAUCCAGUAUCUUGAAAUGCAGCCAGGAAACUUGGCAUACUUUCCAAGGUGAGGCGUUACGUCACAUCGGGACAGCCCCAUAUCUUUCUACAUUCGUUUUGAUUAUAGUGACCCUCCCUACCAUUACUAUCUAAGUCAGGUUCUAAUCGCAGAUUAGCCCGUUCGCACGGACUUCAUCCGGUACUCAGAAGGCUAAUGCUUUAGGUGAGCCGCCCCGGUUGCAAGUACAGCACCCUCCUUAUUUUCCAAAUAGGUAUCGGAGCAGUAGGCAAGCUUACUUCCCGUCGCGCUAAGCGACUAACGGUUUCCCACCAGGAUAGUUGCUUCAGUUGUAACAAGCACAAGUCCGGUCGUGCUAAAUACCAACUGGUCACCAUAGAUUCAAUCUACUAGCAUGCCAAGAGGCUUAUAGGUGACUCGGAUUUAGUAGAGGGGAAGUGCAGAACCUUGAACAUCAUCGUAAAAUUGCAUGAUUUGAUUCCGCUUUCCUCUUUCCAUCAGGGGAGACUAGACGUGAGUUGGUGUUCCGCCCCUAAGUUGUGGAUAUUCCCAGGAUUCGCACAUUUAUAUGGCGAGCGGCUAGGGAGUGGAAUUCCCUGCCUGCGUACUGUUCCCCGAAUGCUAUAACUUGGACACUUUCAAGGC